AUGACUAUUGCUGCAUAUGCGUAUGAAACAAAUGAAGCAAGAAGAGCACAUGAACUAGUAAAUGAAAACUCAACUUUAACAGUGGAAGGUAACAAUUUAGUCAUUGACGAUGGAAAAACUAAAAAAGUCAUUGAUUUCGAUACUUUUAACACGUAUGACCCAUUCAUUACAACAAGUAAAGUUCCUAUCAUAAAUGAUGGAACGGUGCAAUAUAUAAAUUCUACAGUAGAUGCCUCAUUAGUGAAAGUAUUAAAUGUUCUCAUUGAAUUACUAAAGAGCUUCCGAUUUGACGACAACAUUAAAUGCUUAAAGAAUUUAGUCAUGAAUGAGAAACAAAUUCUCGGCGUUGCUGGUAGCAGUAAUGAUGUACACCUUAUGACAUUAGAAUAUUAUAACGAACAUAAAGAUGAACUGAAAGGAGAGAAGGGUGACAGUGGACCUCAAGGACCACAAGGAAUACAAGGACCUCAAGGCGAAAACGGUUUGGAUGGAGAAGAUGGAAAGGAUGGAAAAACUGCUAAAUCAUGGAUAUGGGACCUUAUAAAUACUGGUUUAACAGCUGGUUCAUAUGGAGUUCUUCAAUACCAAAUCGGAAAGAUAUGGGCUGUACUUGGUGAAGAAGCUUUAGAUGACGUCAAAGAUGCUUUGAACUUCAUUUCAAAUGGUUCGGAUACUAUUAAAACUUUAUCUGGUUGGAUGCAAGAAACAAGGAGUCAAAUAGAUACUGUAAGACGUAUAGCAAACAAUGCACGUACGGGAUUGGAUACUUUACGACAAGCACAAAAUACACUAAAGGAAGCAAAUGAUAUUCUUGGCUCAGUAUCAGACAUGCAUGAAGAUUGGCUUAAAGGUAUUGACAAAUCUUUAAAAAAUCACAGUCAGUCUAUUGCUGACUACAAGAAAAGUAUAGAUUUUUUACAUAGUGCUAUGGACGUACAUGAUGGAAGCAUAAGGAACUUACUUAAUGCUAACAAUAACUUACCAGGAACUAUUAAAGCAUUUAUAAAGUCCUUUGUAAAACCUGGUGCUCUAACAUUUAGGUCUUUGAGAGCAAGAGCAUUGAAAUCAAGAGAUGCAGAAACUCCAACAGAACCUACAGAAGGAACUGAAACAACAGAAACUCCAGAAGAACCACCAAAACCAACAGCUAAUGAAAUAUUGUUCGAAUAUUUUCCAAGGUACUCUGUUCUCAUUGCAUACAUUCAAGAAAUACUUAAGAAAGCAGACUUGACUUUAGGAGAUGAUGAAAGUUCUGUAUAUCUUUCGUUCCAGUUUCAAAUAGCAGAACUUUUGAGACAGAUAUGCUUAAUGUAUGACAACAUCUCUGAUUUCACAAGAUAUGAUGACGACCAUGACCCCGAACACGGUGAAGAAGAAGUUUUACAAACAUCCAUUAAGACAGGAAAGGUUUUAACACAAAGUCUCAUUAUUGACACCGAAGAGGGUGAAGUGGAUGUUCUUCAAGAGCUGAAGAAAAAUACUUCUGAAGGAGGUGGUGGUAGGCAUGAACUUGAAAUAAAUAAGAUAGAAGAGAAAUUAGCCGAAAAAGCAGAUAAAAACCAUGUUCAUUAUAUAAGUUCAGAUGAACAGAUUAUAACGGACUACCACGGAUAUUUAACACAGGAUGAAGAAGUGAAGACGGAAGAUGUUAAUGAAAGAAGAUAUAAAUUCAUUCGUGCUGAAGGUUAUGACAUACGUUGUACUGUACAGUAUGACACAGGUAAAGCACCAGAAGCAUUUGGUUAUAACAAUGAAAUUUAUGCUUCAUACUUCUUUGUUAACGGUGUAUUAGUUGAACCAAGAUUUAUGUUGAGAGUUAAGGCAAAAAUAACUUUUGAAGAUGCUAUUAAAAGUAAAGCUGACAAAGAUGAACUUGACGCAACGAACAAAGUUUUGAAAUCUCAUAAACACAAUAUCUCCGAUAUAAAUGAACUUCAAGCUACAUUAAAUAGUAAAGCAGACAAAAAUCAUACGCAUGAAUCCUUCACUACUGUUAGAGCAGACGACAUAAUAUUGAACUAUACCCUUGGUUCAAGUGCACCUUUAGAGAAUCCAAGUACAAGCGUAAAAGAUACUCUUAAUAGUUUAGAUAGUAAAUAUAUGAACAUCGAAGGUCGUGUCAGAAACUUUGAAACAUAUGAACUACCAACGCUUUUAGAUAAGAAAGCUGACAAAACUUAUGUGGAUGAAGAACUUGAAAAGAAAGCAAGCAGAGAUGAACUUAGUUCGUAUACUAGAGCAGAAGAUAUAGCAAUAAUUCAGAAAAGUAUUCACAAAAAGGCUGACAAAAAACAUUGGCAUUAUACAGUAAAAGGAGGUAAGGGAGUGCGCGUUGGUUCAGAUUAUUCUGAAUAUCUUGAAAGAACAAAUGAAACUAAAGUCAUUGACGGUAUAACAUAUACAAGUUUCAACAGAACUAAGACAGAAGUACAUUAUGAAGUUCAUAGAGAAGAUAUUCGUGAAAGUUUUGAAUGGAAUGAAGAAAUAUGGUCAGCAACUGCAGAAAUGGAUAUGGGUUUAAAUCCGGAGUUUUUCAUUCGGAUCGUUGAAGUUAAAAACUAUGAAGAUAUAAUGGAGGACAAAGCUGACAAAACAGAGCUUCAAACAUUAAAGACUGAAAUACUUCAAACAUUAUAUCCUAUAGGCUCUAUUUAUACGUCAAUGAACUCAACAAAUCCAGCAAGUGUUUUAGGUUUUGGUACUUGGGAACAGAUUGUAGACAAAUUCUUAUACUGUGCUAACUCUUCAAAGCAAACAGGAGGCUCAAAGAAAAUUAAAGAAGCAAACUUACCUGCGCACACUCAUACAGGAACUACAAACUUUUCUGGCGACCAUAGCCACUCAUUAAGAGACCACACAUUAUACAACUCAGACUAUGAAGCUGGCAAUGAAGUUUUAUCUCCAUCUUAUAACAAUUCAGCAAAAAAGACUUUUCGACCAACUGAACCAGGAAGAAAUCAUGUCCAUACUUUCACAACAAAUCCAACAGGCUCGGGUGAAGAUUAUAUGCCACCAUUUAUGACUGUAUUCGCAUGGUACCGCGUUCAAUGA